CAGGAGACCAACGGUUCUGCUUCGCUGUCUCUCCCUGUCCCAGCAGCCCCCACACGCAUCCGCAGGCCCUGAUUGGCUCUGGACAGAUUCACGCGUGCUCACUGGUACGCCUGGGGGGCGGGGCUUCGGGGAGGGGCAUCCCCACGUGACCUCUGGCCCUUGGGACGUUGGCGAGGCUGGAGACUCUCAGGUCACCUAGUGAACUGGUUAUGAGUGAGCUAAUCAGUUAACUUUCCUCUACCUUAGUCCCUUCCCAGUGAGGCACUCAGUCAGUAGUUGUACACGUGCUUAUUGCAUGUGUCAGUUGAUCCGGCUCGUCGAGAGGCAUUAAAUCAGCCAUCAAUUCAUCCCUCUGAAAAACCAGACCCAGAAACCAGAGCUCCACAUCCUAGAGAUUCUUGUGGCUGGGGAUCCUAUGACCUUGACUUGUACCGUCAAAGGCACCUGAAAAGAAAGCAAAACCCCUUUCCUUUCCUGGAAUUGGCCCACCAUGUUCUCCAACACAGAUGGCUCCAGCAACUCCUCCUCCUACUGCUGCACUUCACCCUGAAGCCUUAGGAUUAUAGCACCACCCUCGGAUGUCGUUUGAAUUUCUCCCCAGCUAUGUUCACUGGAAAUGCUGUGGUCAUGCUCCAAGUGGUCUCACCCACAAGACUGCUCAAUUCCUCUUGUUCCUUGGAGAAGACUCUGCAGUGCAGCUGUUCUUUCCAUGGGCUCCCCACACCCUCUAUGGAGUGGUUGUUGGAAGGUGUCCCUGUGAGUGUGAACAACACAGAUAAGGUCCUCCAGGUGACUUCCACCAUAUUUGGCACCUGGAACAACAGCACCAUCAGCCUCAUCGGGGAGCCAGACAUACUCCCGAAUCUCCGCUGUGAGGGGAGGAACCAAUAUGGAAUCCAUGCUGCACGUAUCUUCCUCCUACCAGAUAAGCAUUCAGAUUCCAAUGUGUUGGUGAAAGGGCUGACCCAGGGCAUUGUGUAUGGAUCCAUUGUCUCCACGCUGUUCUUCCUUGUCCUCCUCACAAUGAAGAUACUUCAAUGGUGGGAGGACAGGCCCAUUGUCAAGUUCAAAGAGGCCCCAAUCAUUCAGAAACCAGAGCUGCUGGAGGAGCCAGAAACAGCCGUGAAGUCUGAAGCCAAAACCGCUGGGCAUCAGAUGGAGUCUAGGGCUCUUGAGCCAGAAGGACUGACCGUGGACAGGAAAACUCCCAGACAGAUCAAGAUAGACACGUGGCUCACAGACGCCUGGAUCCACCGGCCCAGUUAGACUUCACGGACCUACAGAGCUGGAGCAGCAACUCCAUGUGAGACUCUAAGACCGGAGACCAGCACCAGGAGCUCACACAUUCACCCCACAAGGACUCCCACAAGCCGGGCCUGUUUGUCAGCCCCCUCCCCCACCAGGGACAUGCCUGCUCCCUGCCCUUGAGCAGCGCGGUCUGGGCAGGCAGGCCGACCUGCAGGGGCACGGAUGACAUACAGAGGAGCCUGGGGGGAGACAGCACCAGCAGAUGGGCUAAAGCCAUUGUCCACAUGGGCACUGUGACCCAAAGUGACAGUGACCCUCCUGCAGCCUCGGGCACUGCCAAGCAAAGCUAGGCUCUGCACUCCACAGAGGGAAACUGAGACCCAUGGGAGGGAAGCACCUGAAACACUAAAGAAGCCCCAAAGGUUUUCUGCAGGGAUACGGGGGGGAUCAUGAAGCCUGCCCUCCACACCCCCCACAUUGCAAACGGGGAAACGGAGGCUCACAGUGCCUUGGACCACACAGCAAGACUGUGCACUGCUCAGGACCCCUCCAUCCCAGGACCCUUGUUCCCUGGAGCAGUCAUCCCUGUCCCCUGGCUAUUUUCUCCUGACCUUAUAAGACUAUAGUGCGGAGGCUGCAAACUCAAAAGCCCACAGGAGUCCAGCAGGUAACAAAAUGAGUGCUCUUGGCCCCUAUGGGAACCAGGUGGUCUUGAGAGCAGAUGCCCCCACCUGCAGGGGGCGCCAGCAGCAGCGAACUCAGUUCCAACUCUUACCUGCCCCCUCCCGCAGCAGGAAUGAGA